UCUCUGUUACGUUGCGCUCUCCCAUUCGAUGGUUUUCCUGCGUCCCUCUCCCUUUUUUUCAUCCCUAAUUUCCUGCGUCUAACAUGUGUCACAUUUGGUACGCAACCUUUACUUUUUCUCCCUGCUUCCUUCCCAAAUGAGAUCUCGGUAGAAUCCUCGCUUUUGGAGGUUAAUGAGGUGAACAGAAGGUGAGUGGUGUUGGUGCUGGAUUCGUUUGGGUUAGCUCUACGUGCUUGUGUGUUUGUGUUGCAUCGAUGCGUCGGCUUCGUUGUGCUGUGAAGUCAUCGUCGUCGGAAAAUUAUGACCCGGUGAUGCAUCGAGUUAUGAUGCUCAGAUUCCGGCCGAUUGCGCCGAAACCUGCGGAUGGAGAAGCGGUUUCCGCUGCGCUUAAGGUUGUUGGAGCGAGAAGGAAACGGAAGUACGUUAGGGUUCGCGGUCGGAAAAAUACGAACAUGAGAAGUAACGGGGUAAAAAAACCGUCUCCGCCGCUAAAAUCAGGAGUUGAGGACGACUCGUCGCUGGAGAAAGGAGUGGAGACGCUGCAACUGAUGCUGGAGAGAUCGGAGAGUGAUAAAAGCUACGGAAAUAGUACCACCGUCCAAAAAAUCCACCAAAAUAUUUGGAAUAUCGGCGGCGGCGAUGAAGCAAUACUUCCGGUGAACGGCGGUUGCGACGCGGCUGCGGAGUCGGCGGCGACAGGAAACUCCGGAUCCGUGAUGGGGACGUGGAUAGUGGUAGAAUGCGUGACGGACACAUUCUUAGAUAGUGGAGUAGGGUUAGGGCUUUCUGACCGGGAUAAAAUCAACAGCCUAAAAGUGGACACGUGUCCUGGAUUCAUAUCCGACGGCGCACAGAAAGUGGUUUGGAUUAACGAAGCAUAUAGAAACAUGGUGGCGGAGGAGAACCGGAAUGGGACGAUGGUGCGGCUGUCGGUGAGAGACGAAUUAAUUCCCCAAAAUAGCCCUUCGUUCUCAUGCAGGGUGAGAAUGAGCCAGCAGACGAAGCAGGGGUAUAAAUGGAAUAGAAUAUUGGCAUGCGAUGUGUGGAGAAUGAAGGAAUUUGCAGGGUUUGCAUGGAGAUUGGAUCUCAACACUGCACUCGGCUUGGCCAUUUAGAAAUUAAUUAAAUUAUUCCUCCACAGAAAACAUCUCAGUUGAUGGAAAGUUUGGUGAUGGAUUUGUGUUGAUACUAAAAGUUAAAUGAGAGAGAAAUCAGGUAGCUAGAAGAUGCAUGUGCCUUGGAAAAUCAGUCCCUUCAUGCAGGAUCAGGACACAAUUACCAGCUGCCUCGUCGUAAGUAUUAUAUAUAUAUAUAUGUAUGUAUACAUGGUAGUAUCAAUAAUCUUACUUGUGCAAUGCAUGCAAGUAUGACAAUAGGACUAGCUAUAUAUAUAUAUAUAUAUAUAUAUAGCCUAUAGCUUAGCUAGUCAUGUAAAAUUAAAGCUGUAAGGUAUUGUUUGAAAAAGAAUAACUUGACCCAUCUGCUACAACUAUAUAA